AAUUGGUCGCGCGUCGUCCGACGCUCCUUCCUCGCGACUCCGACGACAUGCGCCGUCGUUCCUCCGCCGUCAGACCAUCUCCGGCCGGCGAACUGGUCCCAUCUUGAUCGAAUCGCCGUCUCCGUCCUCCCUGCUGCCAUGGCUUGCUCCAUCGCUGCCGGAGAAAGGAGAAAAGAAGGAUGAAGGGCCGACUGUUCUGGGACUCUCCGGCGACUUCACGGCGUCUCCGGCCACAGAUUAGGUCGAUUCUGGACUGUUUUGGUGUUUCUUGGCUUGAUUUCUACCUCUUUGGCAUCUGUGAUGAAGCCUUGAACCCGAUUAGGAGCCUUCUGGAUCGAUUUGAUCAUUUGACUCCGAAUUGGUGGAUUUCUGUUCCACCGAGAUCGUGGAGAAGCUUCUGGGAAUUGAUUAUUCUAAGGGACUCCAAUUACCCGGUGAACGGAAGUGGAAAGCUUGUGACUCACAGAGUACGCGAGGGAAAUUGUUGGAAUCCAGUGUGUCUGCAUGUACUGUGCACUGAUACGGGAUAAUGGACGAUGG